AUGGCGAACAAGGCUGGGGUUGUGAGACACACAGAAAGAGGCGUUUCUCUGCCCAUCCUGUCCGCUUCAGUUGAACCAAUGCUGCACAUCUACCAAGACAGCCUCGGCUUGCAUCAUUCUCAACAAAUCGCCGCGCAAUCGUGGAGACUCUGA